AUGUGCUCGGUGCUGCCCACGCCGGGCACCUCCAUCACGCUGCGCGUCUCCUUCGUGGAGGUGCACCCGGAGUCGCCCCUGGCGCGCCUGUGGGGCCUGUCGGGCGAGUGGCGGGAGGUCUACGCGCGCCUCAGCGAGGAGAUCCAGGCCGCGCCCGGGCCGCGCUUGGCCGGCGCCCCGGGCGAGGCGGGCGGCGCCGGCCUGUCGGUGGGCGAGCUGUGCCUGGUGGAGCUGGGCGGGCGGUGGCUGCGGUGCCGCGUGGUGGGCCGCCCCGGCCGGGACUACCGCGUCUUCCUGCUGGACGAGGGCCGCACCGUCGGCGCCAGCGCCUACUACCUGGCCCGCGGCCGCGAGGACUUCUUCCACCUGCCCUCCGAGGUGCUGGGCUGCAUCCUGGCCGACCUGGUGCCGCCGGGCAACUUCGGCCCGGAGGCGGCCGGGGAGGGAGCCGCGAGCGGGCCGCUCACCUUCGGGUGGACGGCGGGCGCCGUCGAGUUCCUGGGCUACCUGCACUGCAAAGAAGUGACCGGCCUGGUGCGGGAGGUGCUGAUCCCGCAGCGCCUGGUGGUCCUGGAGCUGCCCUGGCUGCUGGCCCAGAUGUACCACCUGGGGCUGGCCAGCCAGAUCUCGCCAGCCGCCUUCCGGGCCCUGCUCAACACCUCCCUCAAGGGCAGCUGUGCCCCCUCGGAGCAGCCUCCUCCAACGACCCAGGUGCGGGUUCCUGCCACUCCUGCCCACGCCCAGCCAAGCCCAGGAUCCCCCGAUUACUUCUACCCCAUGCUGGAGCUCAACAUGAAGGAGUUGGUGCGGGUGACCCAGGUCAUCGAUCCUCACCGAAUCUACUUGCAGCUGCGCAGCCUCUCCAAAGAGAUCUGCCGCCUCUCCGAUGCCAUGCACCAAGCCUUCGAGGGGGGCAGAGGAGAAGACCUGGAAGAGGCCUUACUCCUGCCAGGAUCCCCCUGUGCCGCCCAGGACGUAGAUGGACGAUGGUACCGAGCUCUGCUGCUAGAAGUGUAUCCCGGGGAUGGUCAGGAAGAGCAGCUUGAGGCAGUGGCCCAGGUGAUCUGUGUGGACUACGGCAGAAAGACGUUUGUGAGAAAGAGAAACCUGCGUGGCUUGCCAGCGGAGUGUUUCCGUAUGCCGGUGGUCACCUACCGUUGCUCGUUACAGGGGAUUACGGAUGGAGGCUGCGGCUGGACCCGUUCACAGAUCUGCAAGCUCAAAAACUUGCUGCUGGGCAAAGCCGUGCAAGCCCACAUUGAAGCUUAUUGCCCCUUUGAGCGUGUGUAUUACGUGACCCUUUUUGGAGAAGAAGGCUUCAACCUUAACUGUCUUUUUGGGGUGCAGGCACACUGCUUGGCCCAGAGACUUGUGCAUGGCCCUCAAGGGUACGCAUCUGACUUAAUGGCUGAACAGGAAAGUGUGGAUGCCCCUGCCAAAAAAGAUUCCGGUGCUGCAUUGGAAUCACUGUCUACGGUUAUUGCUGCCUCCCUGCCUAGAGUGCUUCUGAAGGCAGGUGAGUGCCACAAAGCUCAAGUAUCCUUCCUCCGAGACCCCACACACUUUUGUAUGUACCUCCAGGAGUACCAGCAGCCUCUCAGUCACUUGAAACAAAACUUACAGGACUUCUAUUCUCAAAGCAAAAAACUAGAGGGCAUUCUCCGUGAGCCCCAGCCAGGUUCCUUGUGCUGUGUGAUGUUGAAGGAGAACUCUUAUCACCGUGCCAUUGUCACCAGCAUUCAGGGGGAAGGUAUUGAAGUAUAUCUGGUUGACAGGGGAGACACUGAAAUAGUUGACCUGUAUAAGGUGAAGGAAUUGCUUCCUCUGUUCAGAGAGCUUCCUGCUGUGGCACUCAGGUGUUCCUUGGCUAAUCCUUCCCCAAGUAAGCAGUGGAGUCCAGGCUCUAUAGACUAUUUCAGGAAAGCUGUGCUGAACAAAGAACUGGUGAUGCAAGUCCUGGGCCUGGAAAUGGACAUGUACCUAGUUGAACUUUUUGACCAUUCUCUCGUAGGAGAAAAAAACUUAGCCAGAAUCAUGUCCCAAGGGAAGUAUGCUGAGCAUCAUGAGGCUGCAGUAUCAGAGACCACCCAGAAACUUAAAGAUAAGCCUCUGAGAAGAAGCUCUAAAGACCAGACUGUGAAUCAAAACUCUCUGAGAGUAACAGCCAUAAAAGAUGAAGCAGAACUCCCUCCCAAACCUGACCAUCUAGCUCCCAGCUCCACUUCAGCUUUGACAGCCAAACCCUGGGCAGCUGGAGGCAUUCCCUCUUUCCCAAAUGAAGCAGUUGCCAAAGAGGCCUCGAGGAGUGUCCCAAACACUUUGCCCCAUCUUGCACAAAACUACUCUGAAAUACAUCCAGGAGUAUUUUGUGAAGGGAAGUUAGAAGUGGGAAGUACGGUAGAUGUGAUUGUAUCCUAUGUAGAAAGUCCUAGUCUCUUUUGGUGCCAGUUGGCUAAAACGUCCAAUGAUUUGAAGGAACUCAUGGCUGACAUUCAGCAUCACUGUGCGUAUGCUGCACAGCCCCAUGAUUGGCCUAACCCUGUGUGUUUGGCUAAGUAUUCAGAAGAUGAGAAGUGGUACAGAGCUCUGAUUGUCCAUGCUGACGGUCCUGCAGAAGAGGUAGAAGUUGCAUAUGUUGACUAUGGGAAUAAAGAGCUCGUUUCCCCUAAGAACCUUCGCUCAACUAGGGCUGAGUUUCUUCAGCUGAAAGCUCAGGCUUUCCGAUGUAGCCUUUACAAUCUGAUUGAGCCCAAUAAUAAAGAUCCUUUCGUUUGGGAUGAAAAGGCCACUGAUGCUUUUCAGGAAUUCAUUGAUUCUGCAAGUAAAAUAGAACUGAAAUGUACUAUAUUUGCUUUAGCAGUUUUAAAGACUACCUACCUCCUUAAUGUGGUGGACCUAAUUACACCUUUUGAGAGUGCGUGCCAUUAUUUAACAAGGAAAGGUUUCGCCAGACCUAUAGAGCCGCAGAAACCCUUGACACCAUCCGUUUAUCUUUUUUCCUACUAUUAUUCAACGCAUGACAUCAAAAUAGGAAGUGAAGAGUUGGUCUAUGUCACACACAUUAAAAAUCUACAACUCUUUUACUGCCAACUUGCCAGAAGUGCAAGUGCUCUUGAACACUUAACAGAUAGCAUUGGUAAACUCAGCAAAACUUGGCAUAGUCUGAAAUCUUCACCCGUUCCUGGAAACUUGUAUCUGGCAAAGUAUACUGAUGGCUACUGGUAUAGGGCAAUAUUAGCUAAAGCAAGGCCUACCAAAGAAGUCUUCUUUGUGGAUUUUGGGAAUACUGAGGUAAUGAAGGACGAAGAUCUGAUUUUAGUACCCAGAGAUGCAUAUGAGAUACUGUGCUUGCCCAUGCAAGCUAUAAAAUGUUCAUUAUCUGAUAUUGCUGACGCACCAAAACAAGCCAUUUCAUGGUUUGAAAAUGCAGUACUAGAUAAGCCCUUAAAGGCUUUAAUUGUAGCAAAAGACUCUGAUGGAAAACUGAUUGUUGAGUUAUAUGGUGACAAAAUGCAGAUCAAUGCCAAACUGAAAGAAAGGUUCAAUUUGAAGCGCCGCAAAGACUCUGUCAUAUCUGCAGAAAACCAAGAAUCAAGCAGUGAAGCAAGAAGGCCGCUUUUCAGAGGUUUUGACCGUUCUGCUCCAGAGAGUAAGACAUUUGCGUCUAAAAAUCUAGAACCCCUGGAUAGUAUUAAAUCCAGCGAGAUGUGCGGAGAAGCAAAAUCUUUGCAGCAGAAACCAACGAGGUCUUCUCUGCCAGUAGAAAGACAAAACCAAAGUGAUUCUGUGGCAGGUAAGAGCAAACCCUGGGUGCCUCUUCAAAAGAGAGAACAGAAACCUGAUAGCUUGACAAGCAGAAAUCCAAAGGAAACUUGCAUAAACCUUUCACUUAAGAAAAUGUGUGAUUUACCUUUGAAAAACGUAAGCCCCGGUUCUAAAGCCUUAGUGUAUGUUUCUCAUGUAAAUAAUCCUUCUGACUUUUAUGUUCAGUUGGUAGAAGAUGAACUCCUACUAGACGGUAUUUCUGAGAAACUAAACCAGUCCGAAACAGUUGAGAACUUACAUAGACAGCAGCUCCAUGUAGGAGACUUAAUGUGUGCAGUUUUUUCAGAAGAUGGCUUCUGGUAUCGAGCUGUAGUCCAAAAAGAGCCCUCAGCUGACUUGGUCAGUGUCCAGUAUAUUGAUUAUGGUAAUACUGCAGAAGUUAACAUUUGCAAAACACGUAGACUCCCAGAAGACUUACUACUGUUUCCCGCGAUGACCAUCCAUUGCUCAUCGGGUGGAGGGAAGACCACAGAGCUCCCGGAGUGGACAGAGGAAGCAGUUCUGUCCUUCUCCCAGAGCACAAAGGAAAUUCAGAUGAACUGUGAAUUUGUGGAACAAGUUGAGGGCAAAUGGGAAGUUGCUUUGGGGGACAGAGAAGAUAAUGAAGCAGCAGAUUUGGUUAAUAGUCAACUCACAUGCCAAAAUUCUCUUUUAAUGGAGGCAUCUGACAAAAAUGAAACUGAGGUUGACUUAAUAAAUUUGGAGGACAUUCUUCCUGGUAAGCCGAGCAAACCUUCAAGUAUACAGGAUGCCAAAUCAUUUUUCUGGAAGAUACCUGUAGUUGGUCAAACUGUAAAAACCUUUGCAAGAGACACAAACACCCCAGGAUAUUUCUGGUGUCAGUUUGCUGACCUUGAUGACUGCAGUUCCAUUGAAAAGAAGGUCCAGGAUGCAUGCAAGCUGGCGGGUUGCCAUGUGGCCGAUAUUAAAAUUGGUUGCUGUUGUCUAGCAAAAGGUGGUAAGGAUGAAAGUUUUUACCGAGCAGUAGUUACCAGUGUACAGGAGAAUACCUUGAGAGUUGCUCAUAUUGAUUAUGGAACUGAAGAACUUGUCACCGGAGCAGUGCUGAGGCAGAUUUCUGAUGAGCUGUUAACAUUGCCACCGCAAGCAUUUCCAUGCUGCCUGUUUGGAUUUAAUUCGUCUGAGGGAUCAUGGGUAGAAGGAAUAAAUGAUAUCUUCUACAAGAAAAUAGUGGAUUCUUUACUAGAUGUUACCAUUAUGGAAAUACUGUGCAAUGGUCCUUUUGAGAUUCCCUUAUUUGUUGUUAAUGUGGAGUGUCAAGGAAGAAGCAUCAAUGAGCAAAUGAAAGCUUUUUGGAAGCCUAGCACUGAAGGCAGUGGCCUGACUGUGUCAAACAUUCUCAGUCUCAAAGGACAGAACAAAGAUGCCGAGGCAGAAGAUUCGGCGGUUGUGCUCUGUGCUGGGGGAAUGUCUCCUCGUGCGUCUAUGGCUUCAGACGAUACCUGGACCUCAGCGGAUUUAUGUACUUCAGAGCCAUUUCAACCAAUAGAAAAGUGUUCAGCUUCUGCAGGAAAUAUGGGGCUUAGUGAAACGGAAGGAAAUGAAUGUCCAAGCAGGCACCACCAAGCCACCUUUGAAGUAUUUGACGUAGAGGAACAACAAACUGUUUCUGAAACUCCUAAUAAUGAACUGGACUCUUCUGUCCCAGAGAUGGAAAGCGAUAGCAAGACGUGUGUUCUGCAAUGUACAGAUGUUCCUGAAAUGCAACUUCCAGCUAUUAUUGAAACAGAGAUCUUGGGACAGAAUCCCUUCAUAGCUCCGGAGGAGGUCAGAGGCCCACAGGCAACCUUAACACAGGAUCCAUUUGAAGCAGAGCUGCCCUCGAGUGGUGAAGAAGACUCUUCAGACUUGGUGCCCUUAGAAGUGCCUCUUCCCUUUGAUAACAAGCAGCUGCUAACGGAACUGGAAGCCCUGGGAAUGCACACCUCUGAAAGCUUACUGGAGCUGGAGUCUGUUGACGUGAAUGGUCUCUCGUGUGAUGAAAUGCGGGGGGCCUCCAAACUGGGCUCGGAUGCAGUAAACUGGGUGGAAAGUGAGUGGGAGCAGAGCCCGUUGGUCAUGGAUGAAGUGGGCAGGUUGCUCAGCUGUGGGCCGGAGAGGCUGACUCCUGCAACACCACUUUGGCAAGGGGCUGAAAGAAAGGAGCCGCCCGCACUGCCUGCAGCACCCCCUCCUGCCGUCCCUGAGAGCCUGGCAUCACUUUUAGAAAACGAACUAAAACCACGAACCACGUUUCACAUGGGAGAGGCUGCCGGUCUGCGUGAAAUUGGACUAGUUGCCCCAAACCAGGACGACCUCAACCAGCGAGAUGUGCUAGAGAAGAGUUUUGAGCAAGCAGAGACGAGGCCUGUCGUGUGCAGAGGCUUUGAGGGGGCUGCUGGGGAUUCUGCAAGCAGGCUACGAGCAGGCGAGCAAGCUGGAGCCUCAUGUCAGAGGGCAGAAAAAAAUAAAACUACAUGUGAGUUAAAAGGAUUUGAUGUUGGACCCAAAUGCAUGGUGAGGACAGAGACGCGCUGGUAUGAGGCUCAGACCUUGGGAGUUUCUGCUGAAGGUACAAAGGAAGCUUUCAUCGGGGAUCUUUCAAUUAGUACUGAGCUUUUCAGUGUGCCCAAGUCAAAGAGAGGCUCCUCCAAGGAAUAG